AUGGCUGCUCGAAAGUUCGCUGCUAUUUUUCUCUUUUACUCGGUCGCCCUUUGGCAUUGCUUAAUGGGUAAAAAGAAAUCGAAGAAGACUCCCAAUUAUAGGAAACAAGAGGUUUCUUCAUCUUUAAAUAAAUGUAAUAAAUUGGCUUGCUUCCUAUGUUGUGAUGGUUGUUUGAUCCUUUCCACUACAGAUAAAGAUGGAUGUCUUUUUAAUAUGAAGGUUGUAAACAAAAAGAAAGAGACAAUCAUCAUGCCAUUGUUCCUCGAGUUAAUUAUGGCUGCUGGAGAAAAAGCCUGUGUUUCCAUUGAAGCUAGACCCGAGCACUCGCACGCACAGGCGAUCUAUUCUCCACAAAACCGCUGGGAAACCUAUUGCUACAGUUCCAUUAUCCACAAAAAACGGCUGCAGUUUCACAUGAGAUAUCAUACGUGUUGCUUUUCUACUUGA